CCCAAAAUAAAGUUAUUAAAAUUAGCAUUUGUCAAAUACCAAAUAAGAUAUCUGACUGAGGUGUACGGCGGUAAAAUCAGCUAAAAAAAAAAGUUAGCACGCUAAUUUUAGCAUGCUAACAGUUAGUAUGUGUUAAGUAGCAAGAUAUAUGGUGGAGGCUUACGGCUGCAAAAUUGCCACAAAAAAAAAAAGUUAGCAUGCUAAUGUUAGCAUGUGUCAAGUAGCAAGGUAUAUGACUGAGGGGUACGCUGGCAAAAUUUGCAAAAAAGUUAGCAUGAGUAUGCUAAAAUUGAACAAGUUAUAUGACUGAAGUGUAUGGCUGUAAAAUGGCUUAAAAAGUUAGCAUGUGUCGUGUACCAAGUUAGAUGACUAAGUUGUAUGGCAGCAAAAUUGGAAAGAAAAAAAAAAGUUAGCAUGCUAACAGUUGGCAUGCGCCAAGUAUAAGGUUAUAUGACUCUGAGGAAUUAACUAAUUAAAUUAACCCCAAAAAAGUUAAUAGAGUUAGCAUUUGUCAAAUACCAAAUGAUAUAUAUGACUGAGGUGUACAACGGCAAAAUCAGCUAAAAAAAAAAAGUUAGCGUGCUAAUGUUAGCAUGCUAACAGUUAGUAUGUGUUAAGUAGCAAGAUAUAUAGCGGAGGUUUACAGCUGCAAAAUUGCAGAAAAGAAAAAUAAUAAGUUAGCAUGCUAAUGUUAGCAUGUGUCAAGUAGCAAGGUAUAUGACUGAGGGGUACGGCGGCAAAAUUAGCCAAAAGGUUAGUAUGAGUAUGCUAAAAGUAACGUACCAAGUAUGGCUGUAAAUUGGCUUAAAAAGUUAGCAUGUGUCGUGUACCAAGCUAGAUGACUAAGUUGUAUGGCAGCAAAUUCGGCAAAAGAAAAAAAAAGUUAGCAUGCUAACAGUUGGCAUGCGCCAAGUAUCAGGUUAUAUGUCUCUGAGGAGUACAGCGGCAAAAUUGGCCCAAAAAAAGUUAGUAGAGUUAGCAUUUGUCAAAUACCAAAUGAUAUAUAUGACUGAGGUGUACAACGGCAAAAUCAGCUAAAAAAAAGCUACCACGCUAAUGUUAGCAUGCUAACAGUUAGUAUGUGUUAAGUAGCAAGUUAUACGACUGAAGCGUAGGCGGUAAAAAAGUUAGUAUGUUAAUAUAAGUAUGCUAAAAGUUAGCAUAUGUAAGUUAUAUGACUGAAGUGUACGGCUGUAAAAUGUGGGGAAAAAAAAGUUAGUAGAGUUAACAUUUGUCAAAUACCAAAUGAUAUAUAUGACUGAGGUGUACGGUGGCAAAAUCAGCUAAAAAUAGUUAGCACGCUAAUGUUAGCAUGCUAACAGUAUGUGUUAAGUAGCAAGAUAUAUGGCUGAGGUUUUUGGCGGCGAAAUUGGCAACAACAAAAAAAAGUUAGUAUGUUAAUAUUAGUAUGCUGAAAGUUAGCAUACGUAAGUUAUAUGACUGAAGUGUACAGCUGUAAAAUUGAUUUGAAAAGUUAGCAUGUGUCAAUCACCAAGUUAUAUGACUUUGGUGUACGGUGGCAAAGUUGGCGGGAAAAAGUUAGUAUGCUAACAGUUAGUAUGUGUUAAGUAGCAAGUUAUACGACUGAAGCGUAGGACGGCAAAAAAGUUAGUAUGUUAAUAUAAGUAUGCUAAAAGUUAGCAUAUGUAACGUACCAAGUUAUAUUACCACGGUGUACGGCUGCAAAAUUGGCACCAAAAAAAAGUUAGCACGCUAAUGUUAGCAUGUGUCAAGUAGCAAAGUGACUGAGGGGUACGGCGGCAAAAUUAGCCAAAAAGUUAGCAUGUUAGUAUUAGUACGCUAAAAGUUAGCAUAUGUAGCGUAGCAAGUUCUAUGACUGAAGUGUGUGGCUUAAAAAGUUAGCAUGUGUCAUGUAGCAAGUUCUACUUGUACGUUGUCAUUCUGGAGUUAAAAUUCACACUCAAGUGGUGUUCCUGGUUCCCACUCGUGUGAAAUAUGUCACAUGGUCCACAGGAAGUUGCAUCAUUUACAAGAAUAAAAGUUCACAUUUUUUGCAUAUGUGCCAUAUUUCAAUGACUGAGGGUUUGAAUCCCCGCACAGUCCCUGGUACCUGCCUUGUUUUUGACAGUGUUUUAUUUUGAAAAUCCAACAUUUGACCAGUCAUGUGAUGAGUGUCAUAAAUGCUAUAUUGUUGUGCUAACACCUUAGAGAUCUUGCACACCACUUUAGGAACCCAUGCAAGUUGGGGGGAAAAAAGUGACGUUUUAUUUUGAAAGUUGCGACAUUUCAAUGGCACUGAUUGGGUGGAAAGUUCCUUCAUUGUUGUCCUAAAGUGAUUGAUUAACAGUUGUCAAGUGUUCGUGUCUUUUGUUUGACACCUUUCUUUCCUACAAUGCAAAGCUGUUGCCUAGCAACCAUAAAGCACUUUCUUACAUUUCACAACAUGCGCUCUUCUUUUAACACUCAAAUAUGCUGAGGGAAAACUUGUACAUUAUAUAGAAAGAUAUCAUGUGGUACCAAUACUCACCUUGGUAUCGAUGCUGUGGACAUCUGGAUCAGUGCGGCUGCAAGAUGAUUAGGGCUGCAGACAUUAAUUGAUGAAUGCAAUUAGGAAAAUGCUUGGAUUGAUGGUUUCAUGGUGGUAACUUUUAUUCAAUCCAAUCACUUAAAAGAAGGUAAAGAAAAGCUAAAAUGAGGUGAAUGAAAGGUAAAUAAAAAGGUGUGUGUGUGUGUGUGUGUGUGUGAGAAAGUGUUUCAGUAGUAUGAGAGUCUGUCAGGAACAUUAUUAUUCAAUAUUACCUCUUAACCUACACUGAUGAAAUACUCUCACACACACUACGGGUGCUAGCCGUGCAGCAUAAACGGGUGCUAGCCCUGGAGCAGGGACAGGAAACGGAGAUUAUGGCGUCUUCAGGCCCACCUGGGCUGAGGUUAGCCGUGACCUUGGCGGAGGUUGCCUGGCUGUAAGUUGUGGCUCGGCACGUUGAAGAACAGGUGGUGGUGGUCGGGCAGGAGGUAGCAGCCUGGCUGGGCGCGGCUGUGGUGGAGCUGGCCUUUCAGGAGGUUGCGGCUUGACCCGCUGAAGAACAGGUGGUGGUGGUCGAGCAGAAGGUUGCCGCUUGGUCGGGCGCAGCUGUGCCACCCCACUAGCCCAGCUAUCAGCCCUAGAUCCCCCUUCAGGAAGCGGAUACCAGACGCUUCCUGUGCGAUCUGGAACCGCCUUUGGGGGUUGGUGGGGGGUGGACUCCUCCUCCUUUUUUACUUAGUGGCCUAGUGGUUAGAGUGUCCGCCCUGAGAUCGGUAGGUUGUGAGUUCAAACCCCGGCCGAGUCAUACCAAAGACUAUAAAAAUGGGACCCAUUACCUCCCUGCUUGGCACUCAGCAUCAAGGGUUGGAAUUGGGGGUUAAAUCACCAAAAAUGAUUCCCGGGCGCGGCACCGCUGCUGCCCACCGCUCCCCUCACCUCCCAGGGGGUGACCAAGGGGAUGGGUCAAAUGCAGAGGACAAAUUUCACCACACCUAGUGUGUGUGUGACAAUCAUUGGUACUUUAACUUUAUCUUUCUAAAUUGUCUAAAAAGUCUCUUUCCACCCCCCACCUGAGAUUGUGUGGGAGGAUAGGAGGAAAAAGUCUGUGACGUGGGCGGGGCUAGAGUCCUUGGGGGUGGAGCUUGAGUCUUGGAUGACAGGGACAGACCUGGUGAGCGAAAAAAUGUCUUGCUCUCUGACGUCAUUCCCAGUGGGCGGGGUGACGACAUCAGAGGGCGACAGCGGCGUGACGUCAUUGGUGCCGGUGACCAUCUGGCUCAUAGCCCAGUCGGUGAAGUGUUUGGCAAAAUGAGUGAGGGGAUUACCAAACAUUGGCGGCGAGGAUGACUGGGCUGCUUGUGACCUGCUUUUUGCGGGAUUAGCGCGUCCUGACGGCGAGCCGAAGCUUACUCUGAUGGCUUCCGUCUUCGCCGACGCGUCCGGUACUGCGGUGUGGCGAUGUCCUCGGCCAAAGGGAGUGGAUGGGCACCAGCGAACCACCAGGGCCCCACACCAUCUCUUCGAGUUCCAUGGGGGAAUAGCGGAGCGUCUCCGCCUCCAUCGCUCUCAACACCCUCCACGUACCUGCGUCCGCCUCCUCGGAGCCCGUUGCGAAAGAAGUGGCUGCUGGCUUUGUUCUGUCACGUGGGGGUGGCAUUUUACUGCGGGGUCGUUCUUCCAGGAUGCAGACGGACAACUCCGGAUGAAAGCGUGAAGGUGAAGCGCGUCACAAUGGACCAACACACGGAACAAUACCAGGAAGGGUCAGCUGAUGUCAGCGAUGGCGGCCAGCGGUCGCUAUGGUUACGACAUGUGUCAAGUGAGCAGAAUUACCCAGAGUGCAGCUGGGGUUCAGCUGAUGAAGAGGAGGAUGAAGAUGGCGGCUGUCAUGACCUGCGCACACUUCCUCUUCCUCUGGCACUCAAACGAUCUGUCAGCAAGGUGCAUCAGAGGCAGGUUCCUGUGGUCAGCAGCAGGAUGUCGUCCUGGAGACGAAAGAAGCAGAAAUCCUUGACCAAAGUAAAGAAAAGUGGCAAAGAGUUGCUGAGCUGCUUGGUGCUGUGGAAGAAGUCUUUGCAACAAAUUGGAGGUAACUUUGGGGGCGGAGUCCAAUCCUACUUCCUGCUCCUGCGCUUCCUGGUGGUGCUUAACUUCCUGUCCUGUCUGCUGAUCGCUGCCUUCGUCCUCGGCCCCAGCGUAGUCUUCAGGUCUCGGGGCAGCAGCCCUGCAAACCACACUGGGCCUGAGGAAUGUUUGAAAUAUGAUCCCAGACCUCAAGGCUUGGUGCUCUUUUAUAACUACUUCCUGGAUCUACUUUCAGGAACGGGCUUCGUGGAGUAUUCCUACGUCUUCUACGGUUACUAUGGCAACGCCAUGGCGGGGGACGGCGAGUUCUCCUACAACGUUCCUCUGGCCUUCCUCCUCACGGCCGUCUUCUACUUCGCCUUUUGUCUCGUCUGCAUCAUCGCUCGGACGGGCGCGGCGGCCCGCGUCGCCGUGGCAACGGGAGGCAGCGCCGCGGGCGACUACAGCAUGGUGGUGUUCACGGGCUGGGACUACGGUUGCCUGGGAGACCGCGCCACCAAGCUGAAGCAGAAGAACAUCCACUACAGACUGCAGGUGGACCUGGAGGAGGAAAUGAUGAAGAAGAGAGCAGCAUCUCUGACAGCCAAUCAGAAGUGUCUCUUGUAUUCUCUGCGCAUAUUAAUGAGCCUUGUUGCCAUGGCGCUCAUCACGGCCGCCUGUUAUGGCAUCUUUGUCACCACCGUCUUUAGCCAGGGCAGGAGUGGAGACCAGGGCAUGUUGGCUGUGAUUGUGGAGUAUUUGCCCUCCAUGGUGAUCACAGCUGCUAACUUCCUGGUUCCUUUGGCCUGCGAUCAACUCGCCCUGGCUGAGAGAUAUCCUGCCAGCACCACCGUCAUCCUGGCCUUGUUGAGGGCCGUGUUGCUGCGCCUGGUGAGUUUAGGCGUCCUGCUGUUCACCUUGUGGAGACAGAUCACCUGCCAGGUGGACAGGUCCAGGUGUCACCUGUGCCAGUACGACCACCAGGAGUACCCGUGCUGGGAAAGCCGAGUGGGACAAGAAAUGUACAAGCUGACACUUUUCGAUCUGAUGGUGACCGUGGCCGUGCUGGUCUUGGUGGAGUCCCCUCGCAGGAUGCUGGCAGACAACUGCUCCAACAAGCUGGCUCGCUGGCUCGGGCGCCAGGAGUUUGUGAUGUCCGCCAACGUGCUGAGUCUGGUGUACGGUCAGACCGUGGUCUGGACCGGGGCUCUCUUCUGCCCCCUGCUGCCCCUCAUCAACACCCUCAAGUUGGUCAUGGUCUUCUACUGCAAGAAGAUAACUCUCUUCUACAACUGUCGCCCCGCGCUCAAGACCUUCCGCUCCACCACCUCCACCUUCGUCUUCCUGGUGGUGCUCCUGGUUGGUUGGGCCAUGGCCUCCCUGGUGCUCAUCUACAGUGUGGCUCAGAUCCGUCCUUCAAUGGCGUGCGGGCCCUUCCGCUCCUUCACCUCCAUGUGGGCCAUCGUGCCGACUGUCUUCUAUCGCCUCUCUGACCUCACCAAGGACUUUCUCUUCUUCGUCGGCUCCCAGGCCUUCUCCAUCCCUCUCUUCGCUUUGUCUUGUGUGGCGAUGUGUUACUUCAUAGCUCUGUCUGCCGUGUAUGGAAGAAGUGUUACUUUGCUGCGAGCUCAACUCAAACAGGAGGGCCGGGACAAGCAGUUCUUGGUCCAGCAGAUUGAGAAAGUCAGUGGUCUACUUCACACGCCAACACUUUGACCAGCAACACGCUUUUUCUUUGCCUUUUAUAUGUUUUGAUGUAGAAAAUAGUCUGAAUGAUUCCUCUGUGCGGGAGUUAGUCCCUUUCGAUUUGACCUGAAAGCGGAGUUUUAGCUGCUGUCACUAAUCUGCCGUUCACUCGUUUGGAAAAUAACUUCUCUGUUCUAGCCGCUCAGUUUCAUUGCCAAAGUAACCGCUUCUCUAUUGGGGUUAACAGUGCACCAUUGUCUAAAAGCAGUGGGUAAUUUCCACUGUUGUUGUGUUACAUGCUCCCCCCCUCCCAAACUGUGCCUGCUCCCUCCUUCUCACCUUGUAUUCUGUGUCAAAGGAGCCAAGCGCAUACCUUCCACACUGGCUAAAAAUUGCUGGAGCUUUUCAAAUAAAAUCUAAAAAAGACCAUUUUGUUGGACUACUUUAUUAGAAAAUGUUCCUAUCCACUAUCUUGAAGUACUAUCCAUCCAUCCA